CUUUAAUCUGUGGUGCUGUGGUCUUUGCUUGGUGUGAAAGAAAUUUGUGAAAUUCUCGAUCUAUUUCAGUGAAUUCGCUUCACAUUAUAGCUCUCAAAUCUUUGAUUCGACUUUUUAUUAUUUGGAAAUAAUGGCAUUUUUCCAUAGUAUUCUAAACGUAUACAAUAUAUUAUAAGUAUUUCCCUUGGAAUAUAUUUUCUUUGUCCGGCUAUUUAGCUGGGUCUUGACUUGAUGUGUCUUUGAAACUAGUGGUAUAUUCAUACUAAAUCAUUUAAAAUGUCCGUGGCAUUUGCACCUCGAGGGAACCGACCUCCAUUAAGUCCAGCUCAAAUUCAGAAAAUGCUUGAUGAAAAUGCUCACCUCAUUCAAACUAUACAAGAUUACCAAGCCAAAGGACAACUAAUGGAAUGCCAUCAGUAUCAACAAGUCCUCCAUAGAAACCUAGUGUAUUUAGCGUCAAUUGCAGAUGCCAAUCAAAAUAUACAGGCCCUUCUACCGCCUCCACAUGCAUUAGCAUCUGGAAAUGUCCCACAAGGACCACUCAAUCCACCAUCCACAGGAUCAGAUUCGUCACAGCAGCAGUAUCGACCUCCUUCAGGAGUUUCAACAACCCCAACAAGGCCAACUCAGAGUUAUGGUCAAAGGCCAUAUUCUCAAAAUCAGUAUCAAGGUCAAUAUCAAGGACCAGGAGUUUAUCCGCCACAAGCUGGAUAUGGGCCACCUGGUCAAGGAUAUGGCCCACCAAACCCUCCACAAUCCCAAGGUUAUCCUCCAAAUUCAACUUAUGGACCUCCAAUUACUACUACUCCCAAUAAUUAUCCACCUUCCACACAUCCUGUGCCUGGUUCAGGUUAUCCUCCUUCCACAGUCCAACAACCAUACGCACCCCCUCCUGGGAACCCUGCAGCUGCCGGGUCUCCAUAUCCGGUUCGGGGAGCUUCUCAACCUGGUUACACAGGAAACUCUGCAUAUCCUCCUCCUCAAUCUGGUGCCAACUAUCCAAAUGUCGGUGCUAGUACAUACAACUCAACUGUAUCUCAGCCGCAACCGUACCAAUCACAACCGUUCCCCAACACAACACCCACUUCAGCUUACAACACCACAGCAACAUCCCAGCCCAACCGCUCACCUCAACCUCCACCCAGUGGUUAUACCGGUCAGAACCCUACAAGUUCUGGAUACGGUUCACCAUCAGCUCAGUCGCCCACCUACAAUUCCAGUUCUCAUUCCAGUGCCCCUCCGUCCACAGUAGCGUCGUCGGCGUCCGCUCCAGGCGGCCCUCCUGCACAACAGCAGUAUCCUCCCCCUGGUCAGCCCUCGCCGUACCCUCCGGCCACCCAGCCUCCAUAUUCCAAUCCUUCAUCUCAGCCUGGCAGCCCAGCUCCUUCUGUGUCAACAGCUCCACCUCCACAGUCUUCUUAUCCACAGAAUCCACAAAACUAUCCUCCAUCUGGAGGAGCAUAUCCUCCGCAUGCUUACCAACAGGGCUACCCUCCAGCUCAGUACCCUCCCUCCCCCUACCCGUACGCGCGGGCGCCGGCCCCGGGCGCCCCGCCGCCUGGUGCCCCCCAACCAUAUCCUGGUUAUGGGUUCCAGCCUCCAACACAACAGUAAAUUUUAAGGAGUUAUUAUUAAUUGUAAUAAUAAUGAUAAUUAUAUUCAAGAAAACAGUUUUAGAAAUAAGUUUUAAAAUUAAUAAUAGUAGGUGUGUUAAGUAAGGUAAAAAAGGCGCACAAUUGCAUGUAAGUUUUCAUUUCAUCUGAACCCACACAACCCUUAAAGUCUAUACAUUUAUUAGAAAUGUUUGAAACAUCA